CAACGAACUCAGUGAAGGAGAGUUAAAAAAAGAAAGCAAGGUCAUUCCAUGACUUUGUAGAUAGAAAUUCAGUUCCUACUGAUAUAAGAGGAUGUGUGAGCCUAUCAGCUGUAGCAAAUAAGCUAAACAACUGAAAGCGGAGAACUGCUAUAUACCAUUGAAGAAUGGGUGAUGUGAAAAAUGAGACAAGGUCAAAUAUAACACCGGACACACCUGGACGACCUCCUGUCUUGAAUCCUUUUGAGAGUCCUGGUGAUUAUACAAGAUUGCACAAGCCGGUGGUUCCUAGUCCCUCUGUCUUCAGAUUGGUGAAAACCCCUGAUUCUGAAACUCCUGGUAAAUUUAGAUGGUCCAUUGGAGAACUUGCCAUUUUACAUCCAAUUGAUAUUGAUCCAGAAGAUGUUCAUCAGCAAUCAUCAUAUAUGAACUGUACCAGAUUAGAUAAUGAGAUUGAGGCAAGAAACCAAAAAGCCAUUGAAGAGUUUUUUUUAAAUAGUGUCAUUGUUCCUUCUCCUUGGACUCAAACUUCAGGAAAACCAAUUACACAGUCUUAUCGAACCAAAUGUUCAUCUUUGAAUAGGCAUUCUUCAGUUAACUCAAAAGAAUCUGUUGUGUUGCCUGGAAAGCAUAAUGCUGCUUGUCAGACCUUGCUGUCAUUACCUGUGGACUUUGAUCUAGAAAAAAUAAUAGGUGAAUACUAUAAAUCAGAAGAGCCUGCGGACCAGUCACAUGAAAGUUUGAGUGCCUCUUCACUUCGAAGGAAACUAUUUAUAGAUGGUGAAAGAAGUUAUUCCGAUAGCUCUUCCCUUGCUUCUCCAGAGCAAAAUCCUACUGCUGAUCCUAUCCAAUACCACGGACAUCAAUGUUCAGUGGAGUCUUCUCCAGCUCUAUAUAAGAGCACCAUAAAAACACCUAGUUCUGGGCAGUUCUCAUCAAGUCCCAUCCAAGGUGCAGGAAGGGCAUGCAGUUUAGGAAGCAUUACAAGCCCCAUGUUUCGAGAGAAGUCUUCUCCUAAUCCUGCAUCACCACCUUUGUCUCCAAUUGGACUUCAGUUUGACAAAUGUCCAAGUUCAGGAGGGGAGGACCUCACUUUUAAGUCUCCUGUUGUUCCUUCUGCAAUGAUCAUGGAUGGGAGCAUUGACCAUUUUGCAGUAUCUCCUUUCAUAGAAGGAUGUUCACCCAUUAAAAUAUACCCUCCUGUGAAUCCACGGCUUCACAACAUUCUUUGUCACACCUCUCCUGAGAAGAUAUCUUUUCUACGUGAAUGCAAAGAUGAACAGAGAACUCAUUCUACAGCAGAAACUAACAAGCAGCCUGAGAUAGAUGCAAAGUUGUUUCUCGAAGCAGACAGUAAAGCAAAUUGCAUUCCAUCUCAUAACCAUUCGGUCAAUGAAAACGUAAUGGCCCUUGAGAAUGGGAACGAGGAUCAUACUGUUGAUAUGGCAGAUCUAGGAACAAAUGAAGGGUGUGAUAGCAUUUGGAUGAAGGAAAAUGUAACAAGUAUUACUAUUCCAAUGACUAGUUCAAUGACUGGAAUUGCAUUUAAUGUGGAUAGCCCUCAUCUGUAUUUGUCACCACUAGCAGAGAGCAGUGUUAUUCCUUUUGAGAGCAUUAGUAUCCAGGCUGAUAGUGGAUAUAAUACACAAACCACUUCUGGCAGUAGCAUAGAGGAUGCUAUUGGAACAGAUAGCCAGCUUCAUAAAGAGCAUUUAGAACCACAGACACUGGCUGGAACUCUACCUCUAAAUAAGUUUGAUGCCAAACCUCUUAAGGAUUUCCCUGUGUUGGAAUGCAAGGAGAACAACGACGUAUUAGGAAUGAACUCAUCUGCUAACUUAUAUAAGCCUUUUCCCAUCAAUAAGCUGCGUGUAACACACGAUAUGGUGUUAAGCCAGAACAUUUGCUACUUGAAUACCUGGAAAAGUCCCUGUGAACAGACAUUAGCUAGAAUAUUUAAAAAGAAUGCAAGAUUUUCGUUGCCUCAGCUCCACGAGAAGUCAUCUUGUUUUAUAAGACAACCCCUUGAAAUGACAGUGGAGGAACCUGAACCUAUUGGCGAUUGCUCUAUGUUCUUAAUUUAAACAAGUACAAACGGCAGAAAGAUUACCCAUUGAAGCUUGAAUUUUCAUUAUUGACUAUGAAUGUAAAAUCCAUAGUAAAGGUCUCAGUUUGGUUCACUAAUAAUCUGAAAAUAUUUUUAAAAACCACCAGGAUGAGUGACAGCAAAUUUCCAAUCAGCACUUCUAAAAAUGCAAAUUGCAUAUAGAUAAAGAAAUGUUUUUCAUAAAAUACAUUAAUUUACUGAUCAGUUGUUCUGUCACCUAUAAAUCAUGCAGUUACAAUCUUCUUCAUACAAUUUGACUUUUAAGUUAACAGUCCCAUUCUCCAACUUGUCAGCUGUGUUCUUAUAUGUUAGCAUGUGUUGUACAAUAACCUAAACCUUAUGUAUGUAUAUAUAGAAUGAAUUCAAUAUUUUAAAUGAUCUAAAAUCAGUGGUAACUUAUUAUCUGUCAAACAGCUACCGCCACAUCUAACUCACAAUCUUAGCACUGAGAAGCAAGUUCUUCAAUGCACAGAAAGACUGGUACAAUCAUGUAUAAAUUGGGGUGGGGGGAAGGUUUAUAAUGAUUCUGGUUUGAGUUGUGCUCCUGAUUUCAGUAAAUGUUUUGCAAUAGCAAAACAAAAAUCCUUUGUUUACAUUUUAGACCCACAGGUCUAGCUAUAAAGGUCUACUUGAAACAUUUUGUGCUGAAAAAUAACCUCGUGCUUUUUAAAGUAUCAAUAUUUAAUAAAAAAAAGUUUCUAGAUCUUGUAUUUUUUUAAACUUUGCAGAUUUAUGUAUUUUUCACAUUGCAUUUAAAUGAACAAUUGAAAUUAUGCAGAUUUUGGGUUUGGUGCAGUAGCUUGUUUCAUGCAAUACUUCACUGUUGAACUUUGUGUUUUAUUUGUAGGAUCAACACUAAGACCAAAUUCAAAUUAAAAAUUUCCAGUUUUCAGAGGAAUUGAAGUCAAUGGUACAGCUUAUUGCUUUGUGUUAGCUACCUGCCUUCUUUGUAUUAGAAGACAACCUGAUACUGCUUUAAAUGCAGGGAUGAUUCACGCACCAUGUUAUUACUAUUCUAAAAUGAAGGAUUUAAACUUUGGAGUCUGGUUUUUGAUCAGAAUUCUAACUUCCAGCAUACAUUAAAUAAUGCAGAGCAACAGGUUAUUAAGCACAACAUCAUUCUGGUGUUUUUAAUAUUUCUGGUUAAAACUCCGAGUAGAGAAGAAAGACGGUCAGUACAAGGUAGACGGGAAGCAAUGAAACAGAAGCACUAUAUGAUUGGUGAAGAGGAGGGGCGAAAGAACAUAGGCAAGUUGCAUAAAUGAGAAAUUCUGCAGAUGCUGGAAAUCCAAGCAACGCACACAAAAUGCUGUAAGAAUCCAGCAGGCCAGACAGCAUCAAUUGGGGAGGUGGGGGGGGGGGGGAGAAUUGCAGUCAAUGUUUUGGGCUAAGAUCCUUCAUUAGGAGUCCUGAAAGGUCUCAGCCUGAAAUGUUGACUGCAUUUUUAUUUCCAUAGAUGCUGCCUGGCCUGCUGAGUUCCUCCAGCAUUUUGUGUGUAUUGCAUGUACACACAAAAUGCUUUGACCUGAAACAUCAACAAUUCCUCACCCCCAAAGAUCCUGCCUUACUCACUGAGUUCCACCAGCAGACAAUUUGCAGCAUGAGACUCUUGUGUCUGCCAACAUUUCUGUAUAUGUUGUACUUGACCUCCUUCCCAUAUUAAUUUGUCAAAUCAACCUUCUAGCCAAGUGGUUAGUGUAAUAAGAGUCAUAGAGCACAGAAACAGGUCCAAGAUCACGCAUUCUAUGUCUCAUCUACAGUACAUUAUUGAAGUUUUUGAGGACAGGACAGAGGUGCAGCUCAUUAUGCCAGAUACAUGGGUUCAAUCCUGACUGCAGGUGCUCUCUAUACACUUUGCACGUACCCUGCAAACAAGUGGGUUCCCCAUGGGAACUCUGGUCUCACAUCCCAAAGGUGCAUGAAGCAGUAAGGCUACGUCCACACUAGACCAGAUAAUUUUGAAAACGCCAGUUUCGCGUAAAAACGAUAGGCGUCCACACUAUGUGUUUUUAAAAAUUGGCCUCUGUAUGUUGUAGACUAUGGGAGCAGUUGAUAAAAUGUAAGGAGAAAGGGGCUAAUGUAAAUGUGUAGUUGAAGACUCCAAGCUGAAAGGCCCGAGUCAGUGCUGUUUAUCUCCGUGACUUUAAGUAAUUCCAUAGUCAGGGAACACAACAGCACAUAAACUGGUCAUUUGGCUCAUUAGGUCCACAAACUGCUAUUCUAUCUAGACCCAUAGCCCUUCAUACCCCUCUCAUCCAAGUACUUGUCCAAAUUCCUCUUAAAUGUUUAAAUCAAACUAUCCACCAUUUCCACUCACUCAACUUCAGUGGAAAAAGCCUACUUGAAUUUACAUUAUCUAUACCUUUCAUAAUUAUGUUUACCUCUAGCAUAUCUCCACUCAUUCUCCAGGGAAUAAAGUCCUAAUCUAUUUAACCUUUACCUGUAACAUGGGUCCUCAAGUUCUGGCAGUAUCUUGUAAAACUUUUAUAUAGUCUUCCAGCCUUAUUAAUAUCUUUCCUGUAGGUAGGUGACCAGAACUGCACACAAUACUCCAAAUUAGGCCUCAUCAAUGUCUUAUACAACUUCAACAUAAGUUCCUACCUCUUGUACUCAAUAAUUUGAUAUAUGAAGGCUGAUGUGUCAAAGGCUCUUAUUGCUUGUGGCACACUGAAGAGCAAAUUUGUUUUCAAAAGAGCUGCUUCCUAAGAAUAUUUUGUGACUACAAUAUACUGCUUGAAGCUGAACACUAAUGUAAUUUCAGACUACUUGUAUCACAUAGGAAUUUGGAGGAACAAGAAAUUAACUUUUAAUGAAUACAAUGUGUUUAAUUGCAUAAGAGCUAAUGCAUUGCAAUAGUUCAACUGCUUUGUUGAUGAUUUUUGUUUGACUCAGUGUCUGAGGCUUCUUGCUUAAAUAUCCAACAAUAAUCAGCCAACAUUGAUAAUUUCCAGUUGCACUGAUACCAUUUCACCAUGACAGCAAUGCUUUGUAAGAUUUGCAGGGAAGAAGUGUAAAUGGGAAUGCAGAAAAUAAAUUUUUAGUGACAUGUUGCACUUCAUGGUUUUGUAUGCUUGAACCAUGUUGUCAACCAGCUGCAGGUGCUCUAGUUACCAAGAAAUUUUUCAACAACGUCCAUAAAUGCCUUCCAUGUGAUUUUCUCUGGUCCAACUGGAAAUUCUUUAAUUGCCUGUUAUUGAUAACCUGUUUGAUGUGUGGACCAACAAAUCAGUUAUUCUGGGGAACAUGUCUCAAAUAUUGAGAUUCUUCACAGAAAUCUUUGUGCCUGGUGACAGCAGAUUCCAUCCUUACAGUCUUGAACCCAGCAACUCUGCUUUUGCCUUUGACAAAUCAAAGUCUCUUCCAGUCAUUUAACUCAGAUUUGAGUUAUCAGAUGAAGCUCACUCAACAUAAGGAGUUCAAAUUCUGUAUUAGUAUAAGUGCUGCCUUCCAUUCCUGGCUCAUGCAUCAUGGCAUCUUCACCUGCCUCCUUUAGACUCCAUGACUCUGGUGGCUUUGGUACUAUCAUCAUGCAGCACAGAUUGCAUGGCUGCAGGGAAAUAUUCAAUGAAUUUCUUGUUUUUAGCAGAGAAAGCAGACACAACAAUCAGUCAGAAGUAGCAGUCUGUUGCAUGAUCCUUCCAAUGUCACCAUAUCAUUGGGACAAGUGAACAGCGUUGAAUUUCAAGUACCUCUGAUCCAAGCUCUAAGGUCAACAGCACAGGUUGCACUACAAAUGUGAGGAGCCAAGGCUUUGUUGUGAUCACCAAUUUUGCACC